CAUCAAUUACAUGACUGCUGUAAACGAUGAAGCAUGGGACGAGUGGGAAGACGACGACGCCGUGUCGUCCCCACCACCCCCUGGUCAUUCUACACCUCAAACCCACGAAGCCAAGACGCAGGCACAUCUAAUCACGUCGAAUUCACCUUCAUCUGAUGCCGGAGAAUGGGGUUUUGACGUGUCCGAACUCGAGCAGGAGAUGUUGAUUCUUCCGGCCACGUACGCGACGCCCAUCUGCGCGCCAGACGCUGCCAAGAGCAGCGAAGAAAAGCUCCUAUCAAUGCUUGAAGGUCUGCCUUCGACCUUACAAUCAGGUGGUGAGCGAAUGCGAACGCUCCAGACGCUAGCACUGGUCGCACGGCUGCACGUCGUAGCCGCCCGCGAUAGCUUUGCACAGCUGCACAACGAUGCCCAGACGCCUCACGAAGAGCUGGAGACAAUUAAACAAGAGCUCCAUCAAUUGUCUGGAGAAUGGGGACACAAAAAGCUGCUGGAAACGACGCUGACGGCCUCGGAGCGCCAACAACUCGAAGAGAUGACGGAGCUACUGCACCACGCCUUAAGCGCUGAAAACGAGGACCUGACGCUGUUCCAGGAGGUCAUCGAACAGCUCUUUGAAGGCCUCAAGGACAACAAAUUGGUGUUAUCUACCAACUGGCUUCAGGAGGAGAGUGCACGUGAGGAGUCGGGGUCUGACAGCUACUUGAACCAGGUCCUGGCCAUCAUCAGUGACGAACCGGGCAAUAAGAGCCGGAUGCCGACACUAUCGGAGGCCGAAAUCUUUCAGGACGCAAAAGAUAUUGGACGCGAUGAGCUGCUGAUCAAUGGAGAACGCGUAGAAGGCACGAGAGGAUACGACGCGGUGGUGGACGCAUUGCAGCAUGAGUUGGAGCUGGUACUGGCGCGUCAGGUUGGGAAAACGCCAGAGCAGACGCCCAUGGCUGUGAGCAAUGCCUUACAGUCAGUCGCAAUGACAGUGCUGCAUGCAAGCAACCGAACGGAGUCCGGCGGUUGCUCCUACGAACUUCUGAGCUGUACCGGGCUCCAAAGAACCAACGUGGGCGUUCGGGCUACGCGUCAAACUCGCAGCAGUGACGUGGUAUCUUGUAUGCGACGCUGA